AUGACUAGCGCGAUGACUCAGAAGAUUAACCUUACUGAUGCGUAUACUCUUGGAAAUCAGCGCCAGAGUUUGCAAUCUUGGGCUGAUGGUAUCCUCUCAGAAGAAUCGGAACUCAAUCGUGGCUCUCUUCUUGUAUCUUCACCCAGAGAGCAGUUCAGGACCCGAGGCCGGCAGCCAGGCAUGAAUAACAACGCGUGUAAUGAUGACCGUAACAAACUGCCAUCUCAAUCACAACCUUCCUCAGCUACGCCACUGUCUCGCUAUCGCCCCUGCGCUCGCAUGAUACACGCCCUCAGGCCCAAGCCCAAUCCCACGACCGAGGAUAUUGCUCUUCAACUGGACCCAUUCGCGAACGAAGAGACCUUAAAUGGUCAACCAUGUCUUUCAAAAGCCGACAGGUCGAAUAGUAAAGGCUUUGUUGAGAACAAAGGCUUGCACAGCGAGCUGUCAAGGAUGACUGAAAACUCGGCAACAGCUACUUCGCCCUCUCACCGACUCAACAAGACGAGUAUAACGCAGAUGAAGGAGCCAAUUGUGCGAGAUGACCCGCAAAAGCGGUUCUCAUAUGGCACAGAAACGUUUCAUGCGACAAGCAGACAGUUUAUCGAUGAGCCGACCAUUCAACAGAAUAUUGCUUCUCCAAACAGUGAUAUCAAACUGAAUGGUCUCAGCUCUAACGCAAUCACUAAUACCCCCGCUCAAGAGCGAGAACCACCACUGAGCUCUAGCAGAUUGAGUUCAACGAAGGCAUCAAACAGUCGAAACGAGCCUGAUACCCCAUGUUUGUUGUUGAAAACAACACCAGAGAAGCGGAAGAAACAUGAGCGCACGCCGUCCAAUGGUUACGGCAGUCCCGGCUCCACCUUGACCUCGGGCGCUUGGGAUGCCUUCGCUCCAGAGACAUCCUCCCCGAGAAAUGAAGUUUCACCAACAGCAGAGAGACUCCAGCGCCGGCUUCGUCGCGUGGAGAAUUUUAGUCACGUUAAGAAGUCCGGUUCUCAGACAAGUCUUUUCGCACAGCAAGACUCCGUUGCCACACUCUCCGAGAUGCAUGAGACGGAAGUCUGCUGUAUAUACCCACUAGAAGCAUUCGUUUUAGCUGGCACUGAAGACGGCUGCAAUGUUCUCGACUGGGCCUGCCCAUGGCCACCAGAGAAACCUGCAAAAAAGCUCCUUCGCUUCGCAUCGCAAACAGACUUUGCAUCUUCCGUGCACUACAAGUCAAACUCGCAGAGCUCAGCCAACUCGGAUACUUCUUUGCACGGCAGGGUUGAUACGGGUGGGUACCUUCCUGAUUAUCGAAGGAGCACGCUUCGUGUAGUUGAUGUGCCUGAUCAGGCGCAGGAUGGUGGGCUUACGACUCUUGCUCCGCUUACGUAUAGCGCACCCGUUGACGACGAGACAUCAAUUCUGUUUCCACUUGCAUACAAUCCAGCUGCUGGAGAUGAGAGCACGACUCUCAGCCCGCUUACGUAUAAUGCGGCUGCUGGCGAUGAAAUUACGACCUUGCUUCCACUGACGUAUGGUGCGACUGCUAAUGAUGAGAUCACGACUUUUCCACUAUUUGUAUACUGUCCAACUACUAGCGAUGAGUCUGGGAGCUCGUUAUCAACCAGGCGGAAGCCAAUACCACGAGAGUUCGAGGAUAGCUCGCGUCGGACUUCUACUUCCUCUAUUGACGCCGAGAAUGACCACGAGGAUGAGAAUGAGAACAAUGAUGAUAAUGAAGUUGUCUCUCCACGCAUGAAAUCCAGAAGGAUUCGCAAUUAUAGUUCUGAGGGUCGCUGCGCCGAGUUGAAACAGAUUGUCGUCGGGAAGAAGCACAUGCGUAGUAGUGGCUCUACAGGCUUACUAGAUCAUGUUUCAAAGUCAGUCGGCAAGUUCAUCCAGUCGGAUUCGGAUACAGACGUCGUCGAGAAGCAGAUGCCGGCCAACUCGAUCACACGCCGUCCACUUCCUGGCAACACAGGAUUGAUAGACCGUGAUCUUGAGUUUCACUAUCGGGACCAGAACAAACGUGGGGUUAGCAUGCCGACAUUCCCUUCAUCUUCGGCCAAGGGUGGUGAAGAUAAAGAGCACAAUCGCCGUAGCUCGUUCAGCAAGCUGCUCAGACUUGCUAUCAGUCAGGUAACUCAGUUCGAACUGACUGAACUGACUGCCAAGACUCAGUUCAGUCAGUCAGUUCUUGAGGCCGCUGGACGUCAGUCCAGUCAGUUCAGAGAUCUCUAG